AGGUAAUCAAAGUUGCACAUGUGCAUGUGCUGACUCGAUCCAAAGUUGGGUCACGUACGCUCACAAAUAUGACCAAAAUUAAACGUCUAAAGGCCGGAAAAGGCAAGCGAUGGAGGAAAGGACAGAGCAGCAGCUCCAAUCCAGACGUGAAGAGUCACCGAGCGGCUGCACGGAACAGAUUUUUCAACUACGAUAACCAAGGAAAGGGCGACCUUACAGAGUCAGCCCUGCGGAGACAUGACCAGGCUGUGGAGGAUGGGGAGGGGGAUGUGGCGAUGGGGGAGGGGGAUGUGCAGAGUGUGGGGGGAGGCACCCUGGCCAGCUUCAGGACCGGCUUCAGUGCCUGGUCGGACUGUACCAACACCACCUUCAACAAGGUGGAGCGCUACUGGCAGUCCAACUCAGCACAGGCACAGGAGGUGUGUGCCGUUUUGGCAGCAGUGACAGAAGUCAUCAAGUCACAGGGAGGAAAGGAGACAGAGACCGAGUACUUUGCAGCUCUUAUGACAGCUCUGGAGACUGUUGAAGGGGAUGAGUCUUUAUCUGCUGUGACAUAUCUCCUGGCUCUGGUCAUGAAGAAGGUACCCAGUGCAGUGCUGCAGAGCAGGUUCUCUGACAUCAGUAAGUCUCUGAUGAACAUCCUGGCAGCCAACAUCAACACAACAACACACUCCAUACUCAGAUGGACGGUGGUGUGUUUGGGUGUGGUGCUUCGUCAGCAGGAGGCAGUGGUCUGGAGCGAUGCCUCCACCCUCCAGCUCUACCAUGGACUCCUCAACUUCACCAGUAGUGACAGGCCCAGGGUGAGGAAAGCAGCGCAGCACGCUGUGUGUAGCAUCCUGCGGGGAAGCCCCUUCAUGACACGAGAGAACGCCCCGGCUCACCACCCUGCCGCCUCCGCCACCGCCAAGUUCUGUAUCCAACAGAUGGAGGAGUGUGGAGGAGGAGGGGAGGCCAAACAGACCAUGUACAUCCUGGGUCUUCAGGAGAACAUCCUUCCCAUCAUGCCUCUGGCCACCAUCAAGUCCAUCUGUGAGACCAUCCUCAAGGUCAUGACUUUGGGCAAUGUGCUGGUGACAUCUGUGUCCAUGAAGACUUUACAUGCCUUCUUCAGAGCACGGCCCAAACACCUGUCUCCAGAACUCAACGCACAGAUCAUCUCGGCUCUGUUUGACUACCAGCCAGGUUUGAAUGAUGCCCAGCCUACACAAGCAUGGCUAACUCUGAUGCAGGAGGCUCAUGUCAAUCUAGCUGGUGUGAAUGCCCAGCUGUGCCUGUCCCACCUGCCCCGGAUGUUCCAUGCCUCCAUGGAGUGCCUGCUGUCAGAGAAACCAGCGGUCGUCUCCUCAGCCGCAGACACCAUGAAGAACCUGUUGAAGAGCUGUGUGGAACCUACUGCAGACAGAAUAGCUCUGACUGUCAGCAAUGCACCAUCAGCGUCUCAGACUCCAGUACACAAGAUAUUUGGCUGUGUGGAGGCUGGGUUGCAGUACAGAUACCAUGCAGCAUGGGGGAAGGUUAUACAAGUACUGGCAGUUUUCUUUGAGGUGCUGGGAAAGCGUUGCCACAGCCUGAUGCAGAAGUGCCUGGCAUCGCUAGCAGACCUCCGGAGCAGCCACAAGUUCCCCCACACCCAGGAGGUGGACAGGGCCGUGGGUGCUGCGCUGCGGGCGAUGGGACCCAGGGUCGUCCUGCAGGCCGUACCACUGCAGAUUAAAGGGGACGAGUCUGAUGAUAUCAACUUCCCCCGGAGUUGGCUCCUCCCCGUGAUCAGAGACCACGUCAGGGACACAGAACUGGGCUACUUUGUCAAGUACUUCCUGCCUCUAGCUGCACAGCUCAGAACAAGGGCCUUGGAGCUGCAGCAGGAAGGGAAGUCAGUGCUGUCCAAGGCUUACGACACGUUACAGCACCAGAUCUGGUCAGCACUGCCUGGCUUCUGUACAAGACCAACUGAUCUGGCACAGUCUUUCAAAGGAAUCGCUCGUAUCUUGGGGUCAGCCAUCACCGACAGACCUGACCUAAGGAACAUGGUUCUGCUGGCUCUACGUACACUGCUUUCCAAAAGCACAGACUCAGAGGAGAAUAAGAAGGAGUUGGGAAGGUUUGCUAAGAACUACCUGCCCAUCCUGUUCAACAUCUACACCACGGAACCAAAGGAGGGGGAUCCUACAGUUCUACCUGUGUUAGCAACUGUCAAGAGUUAUCUCACUGUAGCACCAAGUCAGCUGGUACAUGAGCUGCAUGACAAGGCCACCCAGAAGAUGGAGGCCCCCGACACCACCGUGUACGCUAAGAAUGGCGUCAGGAGCCUGAUGGCCGCCCUGGUGCCGUAUGUGGACCAGACCAGGCUGGCAAACACCUACCAGAUCACUGCACCACUCUUACAGAGCAAGGACAUCACGGUACAGAAGCGAGCUUAUCGCCUGUUAGAGGAGCUGGUGUCCUGUACCUCCGAGUCAUGCCAGGAGUUUGUGGAGAGCCACCUGGAGCAGCUGCAGACACAGCUGCUGGGGACCCUCUCUGCCUCCAAGUCACCUGCCAGGGCUCCGAGAUUGAAAUGUCUGAUCCAUGUGGUGAAGAGACUACCUUCUGAUAGGGAGGACUUUCUGAAGGCGAUACUUCCAGAGGUGAUCUUGUGUACAAAGGAGGUUGCAGUUCGUGCCAGACUGACGGCCUUCACUCUGCUGGUAGAGAUGGGCCAGGCUUGGCUGAGGGGUCGGAGUUCACAGGACAGAAAAGAUGCCAUUGAGGAGUUUCUACAGUUGGUGUUUGCUGGACUGGGCGGGUCGAACCACAUGAUGAGCGCCACUGUGCUGGCCCUCACCAGACUCAUGUACGAGUUUAAAGAUCUGAUUUCGGCCAGCCUGCUGGGUCAGCUGGUGGAGAGUAUAUGUCUGGUGCUAUCCUCCAAGGCCAAGGACGUGGUCAAGUCCGCCCUGGGCUUUGUCAAGGUGCUGGUGAUGACCACAGACAACAUCACACUGGCACAGCAUGUGAGACCUCUGGUGGAAUGUCUGGUGUCGUGGGGAGAGGACUACCAGAGAAAAUACAGAUUCAAGACCAAGAAAAUCUUUGAGAAACUCGUCAAAAAGUUUGGGUAUGAGAUGAUAGCUGGCAUGGUUCCUGACUCCCAUCAGAAGGUGCUAGUGAACAUCAGGAAGACUCUGGCCAGGUGUAAGAAGAAGAAACAGCUGAAGGAGGCUGGGGAGCAUGAGGAGGAUUCCGAUGAAGAGGAACUCAUGCCUAAAAAGACGCCGCAAAGUAUUGACGACCUGCUGGAAGAACUUGACUCUGACUUGGAAGAGGAGCUGCUGCGAAGGCUGCCACUGGAAAGAGGGGUCAGAAGGGUGGGCGUGGCCAAGGCGGGGCAGCCUGGUCUCAGGAAGGGCACCAGGAGGAACCUCUGGACUUUCUGGACCCACGGGGCUUCAAAGAGAAUCAUAGCCACUAACCCAGGUGCCAAAGGAGGGAAAGGAAGAGGAGAUCCAGGUACAGGGUUCAAGAUGGCCGCUGAUGGGAGGAUGAUCAUCACAGAGGAGGAGGAAGAUGAGGAGGAGCAGGGGAAGAAGAAACAAAAGAGGAAAUCUGCAGGUGAUGAUGAUGAUGAGAUGGAGGACCUGAUGGAGGAUGUACCAGGGCUGAAGUCAGGCAAGAGGAAACAUGGAGACCUGGAGGACUCUGAUGAAGAGGACCAGUCUCCCAGGAAAUACAAAGCGGGAGGAAAAGGAAUCCACAGGCCACUUAAUAAAGCAGGAGGCAGUUUGGGGGAGGAAUACAAAGCCAAGAAGGCAGGUGGUGAUAUAAAGAAGAAAGGACAACCGGACCCAUAUGCCUAUGUACAACUCAACCCACAGUAUCUCAACAAAAGAAAACGUCAGAAGAGGCAAGGUCAGUUCAAGGGCAUGGUGCGUGCUGCGCAGAGGGGAGCUGAGAAGGGAGGGAGGGCGCAGAACACCAUGAGGAGGAAAAUGAAAACAAACAAGAAACACAAGAAGUGAUCAUAUUAGACAAAACACAUUCUAUUAUUAAUGAUACUUCAAAACAUUUAUGUUACUUUGUUUAAGAAAUGUUUGAUAUUCAAAUUGCAACUGUUAUGAAUAUUUGAUACCUUCAAGUUCUUGUUUACUUAUUGGUUUCUGUUGCACAGGUUGUAUAAGACUGUUAAAAAGGAGUGGAUUUACAUUUGUGUAGUAUAUAGUUAUACAUAAGUAAAUCUAUGUGUAUCUUGCAGUCAAAGCAAGGCACAUUUUCGCAUUGUUAAUUCAUUCAAGAUACUAGUACAUGUACAUGUAGCUACUGUACAAGUAAGUGCAAGUACCUUUCAGGCAUUUACAUGCAGGUGUACAUGAUGUAAUGUAUGUAUUUCCUGCCUGCCACACAUUUUGAGUAAAGCAACCCCCAAGCCGACAUGUACUGUCUACGUCAUGAUUCGCAAAGUGGAAGGUUUCUAAAUUAACCAGGCAAUGAUGGAAAUAUUAUAUCCUUUGUGGAGAGACUUUGAGGUGACAAAACCUCACUCCAGUUGAUAAUGUAUAUGUACAGGAUGCUAAUUACAUUACUGUCGACAAAUGAA